CCCACCUCCAAAAUGGCAGAGCAAUGCAAGAUGUCUGCUGCCAUGCAUUCUAUCUCUCUGUCCGAGGAAAGGUCGUACGUGCUCAAGGUAGAUGGAUACUCCAGAGCCAAGGCGCUACUCAAGAACGGCGAGCGCGUGACUUCCACCCCUUUCGUUGUUGGAGGCCACGACUGGGCCGUGAGGUACUACCCAAACGGUAGCUACGAGGAUUGUGAAUAUUUCAUCUCUCUUCAUCUCGUGCUUGAAUCUGCCAAUGCUGAAGAUGUGAAGGCGAAGUUCAAGUUCAGUGUACUUGACGAGAAUGGAGAGCCGGUGCCUUCAUACAGCUAUACGCACCCUAUGGUUACCUUCUCAAGCAAAGGUGAAAGCUAUGGUAACUUCAUGAAGAAGGCUCAUCUGGAGGCAUCGGCGCAUAUAAGAGAUGACUGUCUCACCAUCAGGUGCGAUGUCACCGUCAUCCACCACGAAGAAACAAGGGUUCCUCCAAGCGACCUGCACCAGCAUCUCGGCGACCUGCUCAUGAACAAGGAUUCAGCAGACCUCACCUUUCAGGUCAGCGGGGAGAAAUUCUCCGCUCACAGGUGUGUCCUUGCUGCUCGGUCAUUGGUCUUCGAAGCUGAGCUCCUCGGGGCCAUGAAGGAGAGUUCUUCUGCUAGUCCUAUUGAAAUCUCUGACAUGGAAGCUGAUGUGUUCAAUUCCUUGCUUCAUUUCAUAUACACGGACUCACUUCCUAGGGUGCUUGAUGUGGUGACCGAUGGUCAUAUACUAGUUGCGGCUGACAGGUACAACAUUGGCAGGCUCAAGCUGAUAUGCGAGGAGAAAUUGUGCAAUCAUAUCGAUUCCAGCAUGGUGGCAACCAGUUUGGUUUUAUCCGAGCAACAUGGUUUCCAUCGUCUCAAAGAAGCUUGUUUGCAGUUCCUUGCUUCUCCGUCCAAUUUGGAGGCGAUGGUAGCAAGCGAUGGGUAUGAGCAUUUGAAAUCCAGCUGCCCGCCUGUCCUCAAGGAAGUGAUAUCUAGAAUCCUGCCGGCUGAACUGAAAGUGGCAAAUGAUAUUAUCAUGGAAAUGUGGAAGUAAUGCCUUUAGUUACUCUACACCAGUCUCGUACUGUUAUCAUAUAUGUCAUCCAAAUUUUAUUAGUAAUGGUUAUCCUACUUCUCCAUGUAUGGUUGCAGAACAGAAAUGCUAGACAUGAAUCAUUCAAUCUACUCAUGUAAGUGGAAUGCUAGCUCUUCUCUUGCUAGUUAUGAAAUCAUUACUGAGACUGCCCCUGUACGUGCCUCUUGC